AGGGGGCGUAACCAUUGUUACAAUGACAGUGUCACGUGAUUGCAACUUGAUACAUAAAAUAUUUAAUAGACGUCUCCACGGGCCUGAGGACUCGUAUUGUCUUGACUCGUCAUUUUUUACCCUCUACGAAUGUUUUACUAUUCUUUUUUCUUGCAUACUUUGUUUCUUUCGUUGGCGAUCUCUGCACGAUUCACGACAAAUAAAAAAGGACAGCAUGGUUCACGGAAAUUAAUAUUAAGGGUUCUUGAGUUCUGGAUUUAUGAAUUGUUUGCAUGGCCAUCGAGACUGAAUUAAUUUCAAAGAAAACUAAUUAAAAACUGCGAAAAGGUGUCAAAUUACAAAGAGAAAACCCGCCAGUGUUCAUCGUUUUGUCUCCAAACAUAGUAUAUCCGUUCACUGUCACGAAGUGAAUCAAAUCUUCAUCUUUUAUUCAUACUUCAUGUCUUAGAACAGACUCACAUCAGAUCUACAUUCAUCAAAUCUACUGCGAUUUUAUUUUUAAAAGGGAAUGCGUUGGUAUGGAAUUGGUCCUUUGCAGCUCAGUAAUCACGUGCUCAUUAAUUCACUGGAAGUAAAUAAAUGAUUCCCAUGGGUGAAAUUUACUGGAGACCAAACACACUUUCUACAACCUGAAACUGCAUUUCGUGUACACACUGGUUAUCCAUCGUUUCAUUCGGUUUUUUAACUAACUAACAAGAAUCACCGAUUUAACACAUCCACACAUUUUCCACGUCUUAGAGAUAUCAAGGUUUAUACUUCCAUUAUGUUAAUGAGUAUGAUGUCAUAGGAGGCAUUUGAGUUUUUUUGCCAUCGUUUGUAAAUUGAAACACUAAUUAUUAUGAGAAAAGAAUAUUGCAAUAACCUGAAACUCUGAGAAAGACAAUGAUGUGUUACUGCCCAAGAAAAGUUUCGUAUAUUUAAUCCUUUGGUAUAAACCUUGAUAUCUCCAAGAUGCAUCGCUCGCUCAAAUCAUGGAAAAAUAUUUUAACAUCCAACUAUUCACUUCAUGUAAAAUCAAUAAUGAUAAUAUUGAGUUACGGCUCAUGAAAUACUUUAAAUGCAGCGAUUAGCUUUAACUGACCGCUUCAGCUGUCACGUGGUGUAAAUCGUGUUGGAUCGUGUUACGGUCACCAAAAAGGUCGGACAUUCAUCUUGGAUUCCCGGCGUACAAAUGUACUAACUUUUGACCAAAUUAUUUACUUUGUUUCUUUAUUUGUUUCUCCAAAUAGCAGUCAGAAAAGCUUCAAUCAAGUUAGAAAAAUGAUAUUUUGCGUGUAUUUAGGAAGCUAACUCAACAAAUCAAGUAAAAGUCAGUUGUUUAAAAGUCGGUACGGAAUUCGUAACGAAAUCACACAUUAUCACUACAUUCAAUGUUCUAUGUCGUACACGCGACACUCAACUCAAAUACAGUGAUGAUUUUUACAAGUUUUUAGGGCCCUAUUUUCCGUAUUUUCAGGCCAUGUUCUCCGUAUCAUCUCUAGUGAUGGUCACUUAACGGGCUACGUGACUUUCACUUCGAUAUUGUUAUGUCCGUAUUUUUAUUCUUUAUAUAAAAAGAAAAAUAAAUUAUAAUAAUAUAUAAUGAUAAUGCUGCGAAAGACAAUAGGUAAAAAUAAAUAAUCGAUUUUUUUAAAAUAGAAGCUUUUACAAAAAUAAAAAUAAAAAGCUCUUUAGUGUACUUGGAUUGCUUAUCAUUCUAGGAUCACUGCCAUAAAGAAAAUAACUUGGCUUUAUUUUCUUUCGCUGUGGUUUUCGAGCUCUCCAUUUGCCGAUUUUUGAUACCGAUUAAGAUUAUUCCGUAGGCGUUUUAAAAAGUUUAACUAAAAACGCAGCUUGAUGGCUCUAAACCUUUUGACGUUUAUCGAAUCGAAUCAUUUAAAUCGCACUAUCUUGGUCGUUGCCUCAUAUAGACGACGGGCACUAACGUCAGUAUGAGAGAUAUUCAGUUCUAAAACCAUUGCGAAAACAGAAGUUACUUCGAAGGCGUUAAAUCUUGAUCUUUUAACUUCCAUGGAAUCCUUUCGGUAAUUACUCUUUCAGUUCAACGAUACUAACUUUUGGUUUAGUUGAACUGGGAAGAUUAUAAGGUUUCGCCUCAGUAUAGGCUUUAGUGGAACUUUCUACAAUAUUUUAAACUAUUAACUCGCAUACCUGACAAUUAUAGAUUUUCUAAGAGGAGUUCUUCUUAAAGGAGGCAACAAGGACGAGGAUUGUCACUUUAUCUCGUUAUAAAAAAACGUUUUUAUAUUUGACCUCGUUUAUAAUGAGUGGAAUAGACAGCACAGUCGCAUUUGAUCAUAAUAUUUCUACAUUUUUCUCAAUCAGCAUUGGUGUUCUCUUUGUUCUUGGUGUAUCAAUGCAUGUUCUAAGUCUGAAGGUCCUUCUACACCACGAACAUAAGUCCAGAGAGCUAACACCGUAUCUCGUUAAUGUCUGUCUAUCAAACUUUGUGUGUCUACUGCUUCAAUUCCCUCUGGUAUUCGUAGCAAGUAUCCAGAAAGGUUGGACGUUUCUUGGGUCUACAUCUUGCUAUGUUGUUGGAAUGACUUGCUUUGCGUCUAGCACCGUGGUGAUCUUUACAUUAGCGUCAAUGAGCGUGAAAAUUUACCAUUCGGUCAUAAAUCAAGACAUGGGUCAUCACGAACAAAGCUUUCUUCGAAAGUUUGUCUUCAUCUGGGUAUUUGGUUUUCUCAUUUUCAUCCCUACUUUGUUUGGCUGGAACUCUAUUGUUUCUGAUGGUCCUUUCUGUACGGUCAACUGGCACGCUGAAUCUUUCCUCGACGCUUCAUAUCUCUUUGUUGUAGCCUUUGUCUCGUUUGUUAUUCCUCUCGUUGUGUGCUGCUUGUACUGCAUCAAGACAUCGCGGUACGUAUCCCGGGAUACCCACCACGUCGCUACAUUCACCAUGCAGCAAAUUCGUACUCGGGCACUUUACAUCUCGGCGGGAAAACUAACGGCUGUGGUCUUGUCUCUCUUCUUCAUCUUCUGGUUGCCGUACUGGAUCGAUGGUUUCUGUACUCUUUUUGCUGUGAGAAGAACAAAGCCUGCUUCGUUAGCGGUGCUGUGUUGGUUGUUCGUGAGCAUUUCUGUCGUUUACAGCCCCAUGGUGUUCACACUAAUGAACAAGAGGUUUCGUCGUAGCCUCGCAAAGAUGUUGUGGAGACAAAGGAGCCAUCGACGAGUAAAUCCAAGGAUCUCCGUAGACAGGUUCGAAUCGUCUGACGCGGCCCUGUCAAGCUGUCAGAUCACAACACGUGCUUGUUCUCCCACAAACUUUGUGCCAAGGUCGCCACUUGUAAACCGCUCAUUCAAGAUGUCCGUGUUCGAAGACGUUACCAGCGAGAUAGUAAGUCAACAAAAAACACUUCAAAGACCGGAAUUAACGAACGAAGCCGUCACAAGACUCAUCCGAUCCUCACUUCAUGCUGCGCACGAGCUGCAUGAAGACUACGCCAGCCAUGAUGGAGAACAUGAACAGAGAAGAAAAACCACGGUUACUUGAAAUUUGAGUUUAAAUCAGUAAGAACAUCUAAAGAGAACGUGAAAGGUGGUGGAUAAUACAAUAUAUUUGACUUGUUUAAUGAUAUGCGGGCUACCUGUGGUUAUUUGCCAGUUAUUCAGUGACAUUUUUUUACAUCGCGCAAUUAUCAGUUUAUCUUGCAUCAAUGAAAAAUAAAUGUUAAAAAAU